UAGGCGUUAAGAGUCAGCACGCUCAGUAUAUUCCAACUAUACUGUGACCGUAAAUUGUAUAGGCAAUGGCAAAUAUCAGCACGCAUUUGUCAAACUUUCCAACGGUUUUUUUAGCGCUAGAGUCGGAAAGCAUUCGGUCAAGACGCAAAGAAGACUUUGUGGCUAUUUAAACCUCUAAAAUGGAGCGCUUUCAAGUCCGCUGAGAAGGAAAAAAGAAAUGGGAGCCAGCGCAUCAUUAUCAAUCUGUAGUGACUCAACUUCUGUGACAGUCAAUAGACACAAUGCUAAGGUCAGCCCUGAACCAUCUGCUCCAAGUCUAGACCCUGAGGCCAGACCUGUGUUUGGUGUUGCCUUGGAAAGGUUGAGGGAAGAUGGCCAGCUGGUCUGCGGCGUUCCCCUCGUGUUGAGACUAAUGGUGGAGUUCCUAGAUAGGGAAGGAGUACACCAGAGGGGUCUGUUCCGUCUGUCUCCUUCCUUGGUCCGAACCAGGCAACUAAGGCAGCGGUGGGACCAUGGAGAGAGGAUAGACCUGCAGCAGGAGGCAGACGUUAACACGGUUGCCUCCCUCCUUAAGCUCUUCCUUAGAGAGUUGCCCACCCCCGUUGUUCCUGAGCCCCAGCGCAAAGAGUUGGUCCGAAGCCUCACAGAAAAUAUAGACACAGUAGAGCUGAAUCAGUCUCUGAGGGAAAAUCUUGGCCAUCUCCCUGUUGAAAACCUCAGCAUCUUGUCUUACCUCAUCCACUUCCUGUCCAGAGUGGCCGCUCACAGCCAAUCAAAUGACAUGCCAGUGGAGAACCUGGCAACGGUCUUUGGGCCCUGCAUAUUCUGUAUUCCAGCGGGACCAAGAAUGGUGGCAGAGCAGAAAGUGUGUAAUUCCCUUUUCCUCCACCUCCUCCGUGAUCAGUCAGUGCUCUUUAAGCCUCCCCAUAAGGUUUUUCAUGUGCUCCCUCCUCAAGACACAACGGCCACUACCCCACCCUCAUCACCCCCUCCCCCUGCUACCCCACCCUCAUCACCCCCUCCCCCUGCUCUGUCUGCUCUCUCCGAGUUACAGACCCCUCCCAGCAGCUGUUGCUCAGAGAAACGGAGUGUGGACAGACUGGAAGGAGAGAGCACUGCCACGCUCUCAUCCACCAAUGCCAUUACCAAUACAUGGACACACUCUCACCUAAACAGGGCAGGCAGGGGGAGCCCCAUACCCACCCACCCUUGCCAUAAGGGUGAGGCCUGCCGCACCUUCGCCAGCUCGGCUACUUGCAUGGGCGGACAGGGCCCCUUGCCAGCACCCGUGGACAGCCAGACAUGCGGUCACCCCACUGCCCCCUGCACCCCCAGCACCCAUCACAGAAAAGCCAUCAAGUGGGAGCUGGGUGUGGCUGCUCCGCAGCUCACACCCAUGAUGACAAGUCGCCACCCAGGAGUCCUGCAAAGCACCUGGCCGCACUCGCCACAGCCCUGCCGGUACGCAGCAGGAAGGACACCACCCAGCACCGAGGACAAAGUGAUACACCUGGGGAAGCUGAAGGACCGUGAGCUGCAGGAUGUUUUCCUGUCUGCUCUGCUUCAGCAUCCACGACACCAACCAUGGAGCUGCCAUUCUCCAAGAGUGAGCACAGGAGGAAGAGGAGGAAGAUCAGAUUCUCUCAGGCAACACAAUGACUGCGAAGGCAGGAACAAUGGCAUUGACAGCCCCUCACUCAAGCUGCAAGCGCUGGAGGCUGAACUGGGUCCACCACCACCUCAAUUGGUGGAGCCGCACACACAGGAAAACCAAUCUGUCCAGCAGCAUUCCUUCCCUGCUGGAGACUCUAACAUGCCUCUUUCCUCCACCCUGCCUCUCCAUUCUCCACCCCCCACACAGUUUCAUGGAAAUUAUACCAUCAUGACAUCACAGCCUGUCCAACAGGAAAUUGCCUCUUUGAGGGGUCUGGGAGUAGAGACUGAUUCAAGCCCGCCAAGAUCUAUUGUAGGCCUCAGCCCCAACCCAGACCCUCACCCCAAUGCUAGUCCCCUCCUCCAACUUAUUGCUGCGAGCGAUGGCCCAGUUCCUUCACCACGCUGCCCCAGCCUCAGCCACAGUCUGCGUGACCAAUUAGACCCCGAUGUCGCCCCCUCCCCACCCUGCUCACAGCACAUCAGGAUGGCAAGAUGCAGUGCACGUUCAGAGCUGGAGGAUGGAGCCAGGGAGUUUGUGUCCAUUUCUAUGCUCAACAGACACAUCCACACCCUGAGGAAGAGGAUCAAACGCUUUGAGGAGUGCUUUGAGCAGGAGAGGCACUACAAGCCUGCCCAUAACGAUAAGACAGCUCAUCCGGAGGUGGCGAGACUCAUGAAGGAGCUGAGCAAGAGCCGCAAGCAGCUCAAAGAGCUGAAGCUGAGGCAGUCCACAGAGGUUGGGCUUAAAGAGCACAGAGGCCCGAACUCCACAGACGAGCAAUACAGGAGCAAAAAGGACCAGCAGGGGGCUUUACUGACACGGACAGAGCUGCAGCAGCUCAACAACAGCAGCAGCAACACAAGGCCCAGUCUGGAGGAGACCGUCCAGACUCUGACUGCUCGACUGAAGGACCGACACCAAGAACUGGGCUUGCCUGACAGCAUCAAGGAGAUGUCCCAGUCCCAGAUGGCUCUGGAGAAGACCAGCCUGCAGAAGUGUUUGUUGUACUUUGAGAGUGUGCAUGGGCGACCGAGUUCUAGACAGGAGCGAACUCUGAUGAAGCCUUUCUACGACCGUUACCGUCUUCUUAAACAGCUUCUGUUUACCUUCGCCCCUGCCCCGGUCAUCCCCACCAUAGAGGAAGAGGAAGGUUCUGAUGAGGAGUGCAUGAAAGAGAAAGCUCCCAGUCAACAGCCACACACUGGCAAAUCUCCCAGGUAUGUGUCCUCAGAUGAGUCGCUGAGCCUGCCUGUUCAAGACUUGCCUGAAACGCCCCUGGUGUCGCCACUGGAAGAGGUCAAAGAAUUCCAGCCCCAGGUUGUCACCAUGGCAAAGCUGCACCAAGCCUCCAGGCCCGAGUUGCUGGAUCACCUCCGGAUGACAAGACUAGAGAAACGGAGGCUCCACCAAGCACUCAGAGAGUUUGAGGACAACUUCUACGCUCAGACUGGAAGGACUUGUCAAAAGGAGGACCGUGGACCAAUGGCGGAGGAGUAUUGCCAGUACAAGAACGUCAAAGCUAAGCUCCGCCUUCUGGAAGCCCUGCUCAGUAAACAACAGGACUCAACCAAGACCGGUUGAGAUUCGCUCACAGUGGGACUUUUUAUUCUUGAAAACAGCGCUUGUAUAUGUCCUACUGGGGAAAAGACUCGGCGAAACGUUCGGGUUGAGGAGCCGCGGGCUCCAGUCUCGUCUCAUGCCGUGCUCCUCCGUGUCAGUGCACUUUAAAUGUCAGUGGCUCUCAACGUGGAAUGAGGGCAAGGUGACAAUGCUCCGGAAGAAAUGACAGGCAGCAGCGGAUAUUUUAGUCCCUAAAACACAUCCCUCAUCACUCAUGAAAUAGUGAAAUGUCUUGUUAUGAACUUGAUGUAGCAAGUGCAAAGUCGAUGUAGCGCUAGUUUAUGUCAAGUGAGGAGACAAAACUAAGAUGUGCUCUGAUAGCCCUGUCCAUGUUAGUUACACGUUAGCAAGGUCUAAGCUUAUGUAUAUUAUGGCACUUUAACAGCUACUUCCUUUUUUCCCCCUUUCCAAAACACUGUUUAUGUACAAUAUGGUAAUUAGUUGUUGUGUAAAUGCUGCAUUUUUUUUUUUGAUACAGUCAGUGCUACCUUGGCAGGAAGGAUGUCCUCUUAAAUAAUACACAAUCAGACAAUCCUGGUAAAUGUUUGUGCAUGUCAAUUGUUUUUUUUUAGUCCUACAUUGUGCUAUGAUAUGCAAUAGGAAUUUCAUAGUUGAUAUGAAUUGUGACAAUUCAAGUUACGCGUAUACCUGGCAAAAAAAAAAAAAAGCGUUGCGAACGUUGACAUAGUAGUGCAAGUUAUAUCUGCAACUAAAUCUGUGUUCACCGCCCCGUUUUGCUUUACACAACCUUAACCCCUCCCCCUAAAUGCCAUUGUUGACGAUGAUCAGAGCUUUUGACAUUGUGCACUUCUGGUUUAUAUAUAUUUUUAUAUAGAUAUAUAUCAAUAAAAAAUAAAUAUUUUUUCAC